CUCAGCUGCUGUUCCUCCUCCCAUCCUCCAGGGGGCGCCUCCGUCUCUCUGUGUGGGGCAUAGCAGUAAACAUGGCGGCGUCGUUGGUGAGGUUUGUCCGCGGAGGUCUUGGACGGAGCUUUAAUAUUGCCCGGGCGUCGUGUCUCCUGCAGCAGCAGCAGGUCCGAUCGCAGAGCUCCACCACCGAGACCGAGACCCGCCCCACAGUCAGGCCCAAGGAUGCCGUCACCCACAACCAGCUGGCAGCAUUUGGAGAAUACGUGGCAGAGAUUAUGCCCAAAUACAUCCAGCAAGUCCAGGUGACGUGUUAUAAUGAGCUGGAGGUGAUGAUCCACCCUGACGGGGUGAUCCCAGUGCUGACCUUCCUGAGGGACCACACCAACGCUCAGUUCAGGAACAUGAUCGACCUCACCGCCGUGGACAUCCCUUCACGGCAGAACCGCUUUGAGAUCGUGUACAAUCUGCUGUCGCUGCGGUACAACUCCCGCAUUCGUGUCAAGACGUACACGGACGAGUUGACGCCGGUGGACUCCGCCGUGCCGGUCCACAAGGCCGCCAACUGGUACGAGAGGGAGGUGUGGGACAUGUACGGCGUGUUCUUCGCCAACCACCCGGACCUCAGGCGCAUCCUGACCGACUACGGCUUCGAGGGUCACCCCUUCAGGAAGGACUUCCCUCUGUCCGGAUACGUAGAGGUGCGUUACGAUGACGAGGUGAAGCGGGUGGUGGCGGAGCCCGUGGAGCUGGCCCAGGAGUUCAGGAAGUUCGACCUGAACACACCCUGGGAGGUUUUCCCGGCGUACCGAGAGCCCAAAGAGGCGGCGCCGAAGCUGGAGGCUGGAGACACGGCCCCUGAGAAGAAGUGACGUCCCUCUCUUCAGUCCACUCUAGUUCCGUCGACAUGUUCUGUUUGUGUCCUUCUGCCCGACAACAGCAUCUGAAAUAUUUAUGUAAAUAAAAGCAGCCAAUAAAACCCACGCUGAAGCCGC